AUGCAAUUUGCAUCCUUGUUGAGUAACGAUUCACCACCAAAGAAACUAAGAUGGUUUGAAGACUGCAACCCUGCUUCCAUCUCAGGGUUGCAGCCAAAGCCUUUUCAGCCUGAGACAAGACAUGGCCUCUCUGUAGAAUCUCGCGCGCCUUUGAUACCAUUUGCUGUGUGUGGUUCGGUUCUCCUAGCAUUACCUGUCAGCCUACCCGUCAUCUCUGCCAGCUCUGUUUUGGGCUUUUCGAGCUCCCGACCUUGCAAGAAGCCGAGGCAAAGCUUGGUGAAUCGCGCAGUCGUGCAGGUACGGAAGCUGCAAAGCGAAGUCAUCGCUUGGUGCUUCGUUCGUCAUGUUCGUCGAUCCGAGAAGUCGAUCCGAACGUUUGUCACAAACCGAAGUCGAUCGCACCUUUAG